UUCCAAGAAUGUUUGUACCGGAGGUGAGACGCUUCGUUCCUAUAGUGAGCAUCGUCGGAGACGAAUACUGCUAUCCAUACUUGGUGGACCUUGUAGUGAAAAAAACCGUAGGUUUAUCCACCAAGCAUGUGUGUGUCUUUGAUGGGACCGGAACCCUACUUGUGCAAGUCGUUGGAGGGUGUUGGCAAUUGAACAAGAAACGAACCAUGUACAAUUGUUUCGGUGCGCCUAUCAUCACCAUGCGAAGGAAGGCACACCAAGAAUGGAUAGUCCACAGCGGCGAAAGACUGGACGGAAGCAAUCUUCUCUACACUGUACACAAACCUCAGUCUUUCCAGCUCAAAAGAAAGCUUGAAAUUUUCCUAUCUAGCCCUAUCACUGGAGAAAUUUGUGAUUUUCGUGUUAUUGGAAGUUAUAUAUGUCAAUCAUUCAAAGUCUACAAAGGCGAAACUGUGGUAGCAGAGGUUAAAGACAACUCCAAACUAAAAAGCUUAGGGAAAGGGAGUUUCCAAGCAAGAAUGUAUCCUGGGAUCGAUUAUGCCUUUAUUGUCUCGUUGCUACUCAUAUUUACCGAAAUACAUUUCUGAAUGACAAAU